AUGAGUAUGAUAGGUGAGUUGACAUAUUUUCUGGGGUUGCAAGUUAAACAAACUUCUGAAGGGAUAUUUAUCUCUCAAGCAAAAUAUGCAAAAGAUUUGGUGAAACAAUUCGGUCUAGAUAGGAAAAGCCAUGCUCGUACUCCCAUGAGCACAAAUGUCAAAAUGAGUACUGAUCUAACAAGCAAACAAAUGGAUCUUACUCUUUACAGAAGUAUGAUUGGCAGUCUUCUCUAUCUCAUGGAAUGCCGACCAGAUAUUGCCUUCAGUGUUGGAGUUUGUGCCAGAUUCCAACCUAAUCCUAAGGAAUCUCAUCUUACAAUUGUCAAGCGCAUCAUCAGGUACGUAAAUGCCACUGUUAAUUAUGGUAUAUGUUUUUCUAGAGAAACAAAUAUUGUGCUUGCAGGAUACUCUGAUGCAAAUUGGGCUGGAAAUGAUAGGAAAAGCACCUCUGGUGGUUGUUUCUAUAUGGGUACAAAUCUGGUAGCUUGGAUGAGUCGGAAACAAGCCUUAAUUUCUCUUUCCACUGCAGAAGCUGAGUAUAUUGCUGCUGGAAGUUGUUGUACUCAGUUAUUAUGGAUGAAGAAAUUACUCUGUGAUUAUGGCUCCACUCAAGACACUAUGGUCAUUCACUGUGACAAUACCAGUGCCAUAAACAUUUCAAAGAAUCUAGUUCAGCAUUCUUAG